AUGACCGCCGACGGCGUGAUCCACGGGGUUUAUGUGCUAGGGCGCGGGGUCAGGAAAGACAGCUGGUUCGCAGCAUUUAUCCGACGUGGUGGUUUGAAUCAUGGGGUCUUCCAUAAUAAAGAGGAUAACGCGUUUGAGUUUGAACGCGCACUCCGUGAGAAUUUCCUUCAGGUGGAGACGUGGGUCGUGGGAUCGAUCUUCAUCUUUCGGGCCGCGCGGCCGAUCAACAACUAG